CCCGCCCCGCGCCCCGCUAGCCGCCCGGGUCGCGCACCGAGGGCCCGCCCGCGAGUCCGCCUCUAGGCCCCCGCCCGCGGCCCGCCCGGCCGGAGGGUGGGCGCCCGGCCCCCUUUCCCUGCUAGCGGCAGUGACUCGGCGACAUUGGCCCCUGAGCCCUAGCGGGGACCCAGCGACCCAGCAGAGACUCGAACCUAGUCCAGCGCAGGGCUGAGCGGACUGAGUGUCCACGGGGGACCGCGACGAUGUUGGCCUUUGCCGCCAGGACCGCGCCUAGGCAGGUGGCUGCCUCUUGCUAGGUUCCGCUCAGCCCUGGGUAGCACAGUUAGGCAUAGUGAUCCAGCCGAGGCAGACAGGGUCAGGACCUCACUCCAGCUGUGAAGGACGGCAGCAGAGAGAGCAGGCGAAGCCGCUGGGCUUCCUCAAGCCCUCAUCUAUGAUGAAGCUACCCGGCAGGCUGAAGGCGCACCAGGAUGCACUGCCUCGGCUGCCGGUGCCACCACUGCAGCAAUCCCUGGACCACUACCUCAGGGCACUGCAGCCCAUCGUGAGCGAGGAGGAGUGGGCCGCCACCAAGCAGCUAGUGGAUGAGUUCCGCAGCCCCGGGGGUGUCGGGGAGCGGCUGCAGAAGGGGCUGGAGCGCAGGGCAAGGAAGACAGAAAACUGGCUGUCCGAAUGGUGGCUGAAGACAGCCUACCUCCAGUACCGCCAGCCUGUGGUCAUCUGCUCCAGCCCGGGCUUGAUGCUGCCCAAGCAGGACUUCGUAGAUCUGCAGGGCCAACUCCGGUUUGCUGCCAAACUCAUCGAGGGCGUUUUGGAUUUCAAGACCAUGAUUGACAACGAGACCCUGCCUGUGGAGCAUCUUGGGGGACAGCCACUGUGCAUGAACCAGUACUACCAGAUCCUGUCCUCCUGCCGCGUGCCGGGCCCCAAGCAGGACUCUGUGGUCAACUUCCUGAGGACCAAGCGGCCGCCCUUGCACAUCACCGUGGUGCACAACUACCAGUUCUUCGAGCUGGAUGUGUACCACAGCGAUGGGACACCCCUCACCUCCGACCAGCUCUUCGUGCAGCUGGAGAAGAUCUGGAACUCGUCCCUGCAGACCAACAAGGAGCCAGUGGGCAUCUUGACUUCCAGCCACCGAAACAGCUGGGCCCAGGCCUGCAGCACGCUUGUCAAAGACAAGGUGAACCGGGACUCAGUGCGCUCCAUCCAGAAGAGCAUCUUCACUGUGUGCCUGGACAGGCCGGUGCCCCGUGUCUCUGAGGACGUCUACCGCAACCACGUGGCCGGCCAGAUGCUGCAUGGGGGCGGCGGCGCGCUCAACAGUGGCAACCGCUGGUUCGACAAGACACUGCAGUUCAUCGUGGCGGAGGACGGCUCCUGUGGGCUGGUCUACGAGCAUGCUGCAGCCGAGGGGCCCCCCAUCAUUGCCCUUGUGGACCACGUCAUGGCAUACAUGAAGAAGCCCGAGCUGGUGCGCUCGCCCAUGGUGCCCCUGCCCAUGCCUAAGAAGCUGCGCUUCAACAUCACCCCAGAAAUCAAGAGUGACAUCGAGAAGGCCAAGCAGCACCUCAGCAUCAUGAUCCAGGACCUGGACCUCAUGGUGCUGGUGUUCCACCACUUCGGAAAGGACUUCCCCAAGUCGCAGAAGCUGAGCCCGGAUGGCUUCUUCCAGAUGGCCCUGCAGCUGGCCUACUACAGGAUCUACGGGCAGGCCUGCGCCACCUACGAGAGUGCCUCCCUGCGCAUGUUCCACCUAGGCCGCACCGACACCAUCCGAUCGGCCUCCACGGACUCGCUGGCCUUCACCAAGGCCAUGGAUGACUCCAGCAUAACGGAGCACCAGAAGGCGGAGCUGCUGCGGAAAGCUGUGCAAGCACACCGCGCCUACACUGACCGGGCCAUCCGAGGGGAGGCCUUCGACCGCCACCUGCUGGGCCUUAAGCUGCAGGCCAUCGAGGACCUGGUGAGCAUACCUGACAUCUUCAUGGACACCUCUUACGCCAUUGCCAUGCACUUCAACCUCUCCACCAGCCAGGUCCCCGCCAGGACGGACUGUGUCAUGUUCUUUGGGCCUGUGGUCCCUGACGGCUACGGUGUCUGCUAUAACCCCAUGGAGAGCCACAUGAAUGUUUCCGUAUCGGCCUACAACAGCUGCGCCGAGACCAACGCCGCCCGCAUGGCGCACUACCUGGAGAAGGCACUGCUGGACAUGCGCGAGCUGCUGCGGCGCCACCCACAGGCCAAGCUCUGAGCCCUCAGCCCUGGUCCAGUCCCCCAGGAUGGGCACCCACCGGGCUUGACGCAUGGUCUGCCCACGCCAGGGCCAGCAUCCUCCUGUGGAACCUGCAGCCCUAAGCCAAGUGCCUUCCACUACUGUCCCCAGGAAGGGUCUGCUGCAGCCCGAGGGCUGGGGUCACUGAGCUGAACAGAUUGGAGGACACAGGCCCUGGCCCCCACCGUAUUGCCCCAGACGGGGAGAAGCUCUCAGGGAGCCCCUUUCCCUCCCUGUUCCCCAGCUGCUUACCAGCCAGCGUUUCCUCACUGCCCAUCUCCCACAGACCUGGAGAUAGGAUUCGCUGUGGCUAAGGGCUGUGGGCCACUCCAGGCAGGGGCCAGCUCAAGGGGAUGGAUGCUCCAGGGGUUGUCCCCACGUGGCCACCAUGGAUGACGUAGCUCCUGUUGGCCCUGCGGAGCCCUGCGUCACACGGGUGAAUGAACUGGAAGUUGAGUAAUAAAGAAGACCGUGCUCGUGCA